UGGUUAUGUAUUUAAGAACAUUUUAGUAGCAAGGUCUGAUCCUUAGAUCUUAUCUUUUUAAUAUACAGGUCCAUCUACAUUUAUCUGGUGACCUCCUACCGGAAGAGCUGUGGUGAUAGCCUCAUUUUUGGUUUUUGGUUUUUUUUUGAUAAUUGGGACCUUUAUUGUUUUCAAAGUUGUUUUGAUCCUUUUAUUGAUUGAAACGUUAUUGUUGAUUGAAAGCUCUGUUUUGAAAGUUAACGUUUAUUCAAAAAGUCGUUUGUUCUAAAAGCCGUUUAUUCAAAAGUUGUUUAAUUAAAAAGUCUACAGUCAGUUUAUUUAAAUCAAAAAGUCCAAAAACCGUUUAUUCAAUUCAAAAAGCCCACAGUUUACUAGCCAUUAUGGCUCAUUUUGUUAUUUCCCAUAUGGGAUGUACUAUACCUUAUUUAUCCGAUUAACCUCUUACUUUAAAAGACCAUACUUCUGGCACUUUGUCGCUGUUCUAAUAUAGCGUUACCUAUUUCUGAUACUUAUUGAAUGGCUGUGUGGUUUGGGAACGUUUAUAUUAGAGCUUGUUGGCGCUGUUGAAACGAAGCCUGGAGGUGUUUGGGAUAGGCACUAUUGUCCCUUCCUAGUAGAUGGUGGCAGGUACGCCAGAGAGGAAAGUGCGAAGUAUUGUGGUUAUGUAUUUAAGAAUAUUUUAGUAGCAAGGUUUGAUCCUUAGAUCUUAUCCUUUUAAUAUAUAGGUCCACCCACAUUUAUCU